AUUCGACUGGGGAGUGCCACCAAAAAAUACACCCUUGCUUCUUUAGACAGCCUGUACUCUCAUUUGACAAAUACCAGCAUUAAUAAGUUUGGAAUGUGCUACGCCAUGGACAAAGAGCGGGUAGGCAGAGGAUGCAAGUGGACCAUGAGCAGAUUCCGUAGUUUUCUUCACAAACAAGAUAUUAACGAACUUCUGCUCUGGCACAGGAUUAGCAAUAUUGUUACGUUGACUCUGCUCACAGCCGUUCCUUGCAUUCCCUCCAGCCCCAACUGUCUGGAACUGUUGGGGUUUGAUAUCCUCAUCGACGCCAGCUACAAACCGUGGCUUCUAGAGGUCAACCACAGUCCGGCGCUAACAUUGGACUGCCCUGCUGAUGUAACGGUCAAGAAAGGGCUGAUCAAUGAUAUCAUCGACCUGAUGAACUACAGGAUGAUUGAUAGCUUCAGACAGAAGGGAUACUGCAGGAAGAGAACAGGUAGACGCUAUUUACGGCCAAAAAUUUCUCAAGGGUUUUUGUUGCCCAAGAUUUUGCACGCACCUCCAUCAGGCAACAAAAGCUGGAAUCAGUCUGUCUCAGGCUCUUCAAGUUCUGAAGAUACUAGAAAUAACACCGGUUAUGCGACUUGCCCCGUUCACCCCAAUUCAAAAUCCAUUGGACAUGAAAAGGAUCCACAGAAGUUUGAGGAAAUCAACAACGAGCUGGGAUCCGAUGACCUAAAACUCACAACAUUAAACAGCACCAGGAAAUUGCACAGAAAUGCACCAUCUACCGUGUGCAAGUUACCAUCUCUUCGCUUACAUAAACUCAAGGCUCCAGCCGUCCCGUGGAACCGCGUGACUCAGGACAGAGGUGUCCCUCCUUGUCGUGUUGGCGACUUCAUACUUACAUUUCCCUUUAAUCAGGCUACGUGGAAAGCCUGUCAGGACCAAGCAGAUGUUAAGGCUAUUGUGAACGAGGUUCAUAAACUCACAAACCGACUGGUGUCCUCCUUUAAUGAAAAAGAAAGGACGAAGAUGGAAAGCAGUCAGAGCAUUGGUAUCAGUGACAAAUUUGAGCCUCUGCUUUGGGGGCCGAAAGAUCCCCCUCUUCUCAGCAAAUGCUGCUCCUUAAAUUCAGAAGUCAAGUAAAAUGGUUCAAGCUGAUCUAAUUUUUCACAGUUUAUAAUUUCUUACAACACAACAUAACACAAGAGGAGGAAACUGGGAAGAGCACAUAUAGUAUAUAGUAAUUGAACAUAAAAUAAUGGAUUUUUACCAAGUCAGAAUUUACUUUUUGCCUCAAACUAUUGCAUCAGAUAUCUUUGACGUGUUACCACUGACGAUCCAUGUCAAUUAAAUUCACAUGUGUAAAUAAAGUGUAUAUGUG